CUGGCAACACCGGCUGGAAAAUAAAAAUGGCUACCACUGUGUGCUUGUUAUUGUUCGUGGAAUUUUAAUAAUUACGAAGUUUUUUGUACAAAAUAAACAGGAAAAACGUAUCGCUGCAGCGUUAAUUAACCGCUGAAAAGCAAGCGCGAAUCUUUCUCAACAAUCGAGUGCGCUUAUCGGUUGCCCGCACGCAAGCGAAUCGUGUGAAAUUAAGCCCCCGAAAAUCGGCUGCUCCGAAUGCGUGAAAAUUUCCGAGACCCGCUAAAAAGGCAUUUAAUAUCGCGCUACCAAAUGUGAAAUGGAGAACAGUGGGGGCUAUUAUAUCUACGAAUUGCCCUGAACAAUAAUCUGCAGGCGGGCAGGCGAGAUUUUCAGCAGGAAAAGCGCUUGAAAAGUGACGCAGGAAAAUCCCUAUCCGCGCCCCGCACGUGUGUGUGUGUGUGUUGCAGUGCGUGUGUGUUGGUGAGGCUACUACUAAAAAAAGUAAAGAGAAAAAAAAAAUAGUGGAAAAUGCCCAAAAACAAAAGUCGCAGAGGUUAAAAAAAACUAGUGGGGGAAAUCAACGAAAGACAAUAAAUCAAAACCCAACGAGUGUUAUGCCUAAAAUGCAAUAUUUCCAACUUCCAAAAGGACGCCACGGCGGUCAAUCGAAAGCUAAAUGCGAGAAUUGAGCAGCGUUCUAACAAUUAAAUAUACGACGCGUGCGAUUGUCGUGUGAUGAUAUGCCACUUAAACAGCAGCUUGAACCGUCACUGGUGCGGAUAUUGGUCUCGCUACCCUGGGAUGCAGCACAACGGCUGCGUCAGCUGGCCAACGAUGGAAAUCCCGAGCUGCGCGCCCUCAACAUUCAGUCCGUACAAUUCGAGGGCGAUUCUGUGAUAACUUUGAAAGUUGGUGGACAAGAUGUUAAGAUAACCAAGGAUAAUGUAAACGAGACACUUGAGGCGGCUGGCUCGCUUUCCGGCAUCAAAAGUGGUCUGCUGCCCACGGGAUUCGAUGGCCCCAGUACCAGCAAGGCGGCCUCCGCCUUCAUGCAACAGCAGCAGCAGAGGAUUCUGCAGCUGCCCCAGAACGAUGCAAUCUCACUCCAUCAAAGAAGAGCGGCGGCGACAUCGGCGGGUUUGGGUCUUCAGAAGAUGCCCCUUCAACAGCAGCAGCAACAACAGCAGCAGCCGCAGGUGACUCCCGUGACUCCCGCCGUCUUCAAAUCCCCCAAUACCGUGUGCCCCAUGGAGGGCAAGGUGCCUCUCCUGUUGCCCUCGCCCUCCGCCACGCAGAGGGACUUCCCCUUCGAGAGCAUGCGGCAGGCGAAAGUGUUGCAAGGUCGCGAAGGGGGUGGUCUGGGUCCGCCCUUGCCACCGCCGCCUCCGCCACCCAACGUGACCCUCAAGGUGCUGAAGACACAACCGCAGGCACCUCAGAAUGGCGAGCUUACACCCACAACGCCAACCUCGGCAGCUCCAACGCCACCUGGAAGCAAAUCUCAAUUCAUCCAGCCACCACCGCCGCCAUAUCCGGGUUUGGGAGCUGCCAGCACGGCCAGCAGCGUCAGUUCACCCAUUGCCAUAGCGGGCGCUAGUGCCAAGCCAGCCAUUGUGACGGCACCCAGCCAGCUGAACCAUCCUCUAGGGCAUCCGCCGCUGCCAACGGCCACAUCGACGGGCAGCAACAACAUUGCCAUAUCGUCACCGCUGCUUGUCAAUUUGCUGCAGAACGACGGCAAUGCCAUGUCGAAUCCGAACCAGCUCAAGUCCCCCCAACAGCAACAGCAGCAAUCGCCGCUGAUUGGCAUGAGUCCCAGUGGAGCGCAGAUGAUGAAUUCCCCGAUGCGAUCCUCCGGUCCGGCUACGCCCAGUGACUUCCUCAUGGGCGACGUACUGAGUCCGGUGGUACCUUCCUCCCCCACAACGCCCCAGGCGGCGGCUCCUCCUUGUCCGCCGCCUGUGAUCAUGAGGAGUCUGCAGCAGCAACAACAACAGCAGCAGCAGACUAUGCUUAGUCCCAGCAGCAAUGGCAAUCACAUGUAUACUCAACAGCAACAGCAGGCUCAGCAGCAACAACAACAACAGCAACCGCAAGGACCACCACCACAUCGCUUUCAACAGCAACAUCAGCAAAUGUCACCGCAGGCUGUGGCUAUGCGACAGCAGCAACUUCAACGGCAACAGCAGAUACGAUUCAUGCAGCCGCAACAGCAAUUACAGGGCCAGCAGCAACAACAGCAACAGUUUCAGCCUACGCCUGAUUGUUUCAACAACAUGGGCAUGAGUCCGAUGCAACAGCAACAGAUAAGACAUCAAUUGAGACCUGGCGGACUGCCGCUGGCUCCUCCGCCACCUCAUCCGCAGCAGCAACAGCAGCAGCAGAGACUCAUGAGCCUGUCCAUGCCACAGGCAUCACCUCAACAGCAAUUCAUGAGCGGAGCCUCGCCCCUUGGACCCGCGCACUCGCCCGCCUCCAGCCACCAUUCGAUGCACAGUCCGCUAAUGGCCAAUCAUCCGGCGCAACAGCAGCAGCAGCAACCGCAGAUGGUGUCGCCAGCCCCUGCACCUGGAUCCUCAGCUCCUAGCGAAUUGGCGGGACCGCAUAUGCCAACCGCUCACCAUGUACCUGCAGCGCCGCCACCGGACUACAAUCAGGCGGCAGCCAACUCUCGCUGGCCGCUGGCCGGGAUCAAUAAGCCGAUGGACUCGGCCACUAAGAGCAGUUUCCAGGAGUUUACGCGCUACCAAAUGCAGUACAAUCUUCAGCAGCAGCAGCAACAGGUCAAUCUGCCAGGACAGCCGCAACAGCAGCAGCCACAACAGCAGCAACAGUUGCCGCCUCCCGCGUUGCCGACACAGCCGCAGCAACAGCAGGUUCAAGGUCAACAGCCACAGGUUGCGGGUCAGGCUCAAGGUCAGGUGGAUUCUCUGAUCUCGCUUUCCGUGCUGGAUGCCUUAACCACAAACGACUUGGACGCAUUGCUGCCAACUUUGAACUGUGAUCUGGACUCGACGCUCAGUCUGGAAGAUAAAAACGAGCUCGAAUCGCUGCUGCAGGAUGCAAAGGAUCUAGAUUUGGAUCUAAUCGAGGACAAUCUAUCUGCAGUGGACAUGGACGUGAGGGAUGCACUAAAUACGCUGCAAGAGGCGCCACUGGAACAACAGCAGCAACAGCAAACGGUGAUGCAUGCCCAACAGCAGGCCCCACAAAUUCUGCAAAUGCCCUACCAACAGCAGCAACAACAACAGCUGCAGCAACAACUGAUGAUGCAGAGACAGCAACAACAAUUGCCGCAGUUGCAACAGCAGCAGAGACAGCAGCAACAGGUGCAGCGACAAAUACAACUGCAACAGCAGCAGCAGCAACAACAACAACAACAAUUGCAGAUGGUCCAACGCCAACAACAGCAGCAGCAACAGCCACAAUUGCAGCACCCGCAGCAGCAACAGAGACCGCCCCAGAAGCAAUUUAUCAUCAAUCCGCACACUGGGGAUAUGGAACCAAUGGCCAGCGACGAUAGCGAAACGGAGGCGGAAGAGGAAACGGCCCAGCCGCAAUUCCGCAACAGCAACAUGUCCAGUGGUUUUAACAGCUUUAAUUUCAAUCCCGCGAACGAUAUGCUUCUGCCCAACAAUAUCUUCUCCGAGGAGGACUCGAAUUCCGCGCAGCAGCAUCCGAUGACUAUAAGCAGUGACCAGGAAAGAUCGCGCGAUUCCCUGGCAUCCAACAAAUCAGCCUCCAGCAGAGCUAGGAAAACCCCAGUCUCGAAAGCGAACCACAGCAAUUUGGGUGCUGGAGAUAAUUCGCCUCGUUCCAGCAACAGUUCGCCUUUGAUUGGAUUGAACUCGCCCCAAUCCGUAACAGCCGGCGGAGCGCCCAGCAAGAAGGCCAAGCCGAAUCUGCUGCGCGGGAAGCUUCAGCAGGGCGUCAAGGAGCGCAAAGCUAAGGAUCCCACAGCCACGCCGAAACCUAAGAGGGAGCGGGCGAAGGGCAAUGCUAAGACGAAGGCGGCCGAGGAAAAGAUAAAGCUGCGUCUGAAGCUGGACAAAGUGGAAACUGUGCCGGCAGCGGGUGCCGGCUAUGAGGGGCAGAUUAUUGUCAAUCAACUACAGCAGCAGACUAUUGUAGUUAAUAAUCACAUGCAACAGUUGCCCAUGCAGACGCAGCUUUUGACGUUGCCUACACAACAGCAGCAACAGCCUCAGCAGCAGCCACAGUUGCAGCAGCCUCAAAUGCAGUUAACCCAACAGCAACAUCAGCCACACCAGCCGCAGCAACAACCUUCUCAGCUUCAGCCACAGCAACAACUACAACAACAGCAGCAGCCGCUACAGCAGCAACAACACCAUCCGGUCUACAGCAACUUUCAGCAACAGCAGCAGCAGCAGGCACAACAACAAGCUGUCCCGGGUCUCAAUGAGCCGCGUGUACCUCCCCUGCAAAUCCGUUUGCGUGGCAAGAACCAUGUGGUGGUCAAGAACACGCGAAAGGAUCGAAAGAAGGGACAGAAUCAGGAGGCUACCAUUGACGAGCGGCAGUUGAAGCGCAGCUACAGUGAUCAGCCGCCGCAGCAAUUGCUCAUGGACGCGGUAACGGACAACAAGCAGACCAAGCUCACGCCUCCGGCCCACGUGAACGGACUGCCCAUACUGAUACAGAAGACGACGGCGACAGUGGCACCACCACAAAUGUCGCAGCACCUGCAAACCGGUGGAGCUACCACCACCAAGACCACCACUAUUGUGGCGGGUAAAAAUGGGCUGACGAUUAGUGCCAUUGUGGAGGCGCACAAGGCUCAGGCUCAAGCGCAGGCCCAAUCCCAUAGUGAUCCUCAGCUGAUUGUGGGAUCCACCAACACGGGAACAACGCCCACAUCCACCACCUUGCAGCAGCAGCAACUUAGCAAGAUAGCCACCUCGUUGCCCAGCAGCAUUACCCUGAGUGCCAUCAACAGCAACAACAAUAACAAUAAUGUGAACAGCGGGAAUAAUAACAAUCGGCUGUUGACGAUGAAGAAUCCGAUAAAGACUGCCGCCACCAUUACACCCAUUGUGGGUGGCAAGCCGAUGACAAAAAACCAUAAGCCGCCGCCAUACAUCACAGCCGUGCAACAGCUGCAGCUGCAGAAGCAACAACAGCAGCAGCAACAACAGCAGCAGCAACAGCAGCAGCAACAACAGCAGCAGCAACAGCAGCGACAACUGGCGGCGGCCGUAACCAUGUUGCCCAGUGCGACGACCCUCAAGCGUGUGGAGAUCACAAAGGUCACACCGCAGGUCACGGCAGAGCAGGCUCCUAGCAUAACCCCAUCCCCAGUAGUAGCAGUAGCAACAGCAACAGCAGCAGCAGUUGCAGCUGCAACAACAGCAACUCUAGCGACAUCGUCGACGCCCUCUACGCAUACAACUCAGCUGAUCUGUGAUAGAAAGUUGCCAGUGGCCAUGCCACCCAUGACAACAGUCAACAAUGUGGUGGUGGCCACCGUGAACUCCUCUUCCGCCUCCCUGCCGACCUUAUCCUCGGUAUCCACAGCCUCCUCCGCAUCUAUAAUCACUACCUCUACCUCUUCGCCGGCUGCGUUGCCCAGCACGUUGCGCAAUUCACCCGCCAGCAAUGGGAGUGGGACACCGGGACACGGGAACAACGGCGGUGGCGAGGACAGCGGCAUUGAGUCCAUGGAUGCGCUCUCCGAGAAGAGUCCCCAUCAGCUCUCCUCUAGCAGUCCCAUUCAAGUGACCAAGGUGGCGGGCACGAUGGUGCAGCAGCAACAGCACACGAACACAAUGCCCACAACAACAUCCACGGCGGUAAUACCUCCUGUGAUUGCACCUAGCUCAACGGCAGCAGGAGCCACUGCAGCUGGAGCACCACCUCUAUCUGGAGCCAGUUCCCUGCAACAACAGCAAAAACAACAGGCGGACGAUGAGAUAGAAAAGGCGCUGGCAAAGAUGGAGGGCGACUUUCCCGAGGAUCUCGAGGAUAUUGUCUCAUCGAUGAUCAAGGAGACCAGCGAAUGUGCCAGUGCUGCGGGUGGUGGCUACCUUAACAGCCUUGAGAACUCUCUGCCAGCGGCAACUGUUGCGGCACCAGCAACUGCAACCACGAACACAAAUAGCAUAGGAAGCGUCAAGUUGAACGGCGAACACCAUAUACUCGAACACGAUGAUCUCAUCAAGAAACUCACAGAGAGCAAACAACCGGCGGUCAAGGUAAAGCUGGAGGAGGUGCCACCGCUGCUCACUAUCAAGAAGGAGCCGGCGAUUAAGACGGUAGUGACUGGUCUUAAAGUCGAAGCCAAAGUGGAGGUGAAAGCUGAACUGAAAGCGGAGUCCAGUCCGGAGGAGAAGGUACAGGUUAAAUCUCAGGUCGAGUCCAAUUCAGCCUCACUGCAGCCCAUUUCGAUCGAGAUACCUGCUCAAGUGGAUGGUGAAACGCCGAGGAUUCGGACUCGGGCCAGCAGUCGCCUGGAGAGUCCCCUGGAUGCGCCGAAAGCCAGUCCUGAUCCCACAGUACUCACUGGUGCACCAGCCACGACGGCGACGGCAACAAAUACACCCGCCACCGCCAAGAGUCUAUCCCGCGCCUCCUCCACCGCCAGUCCUCGUGUGGUCACUCCUACACCCAAUCACAACAAUAACAACAAGCGAAGGCGACAGGAGUCCGAGUGCGGCAGCAGUAAUGAUGCCGCCGACUUGGCCGAGAACAGCAUCAAGCGUCCACGUGUAAGCAGUGGCAAUGGUAGCAGUACCACUACUGGUAACAAUGCAACCGAAGCUACAGUUGAUCACAAUUCCGGCCCAGUAUUGCCUAAAAAGGUCGAGAUCGAGUCAUCCGAUUCGGACGAGCCUCUGAUCGAGGUGGCCGGCAAGGUGCGCAACUCCAAGCAGGCGCAGGUGGAUGCAGCAGCCGAUGCGGCAGCAGCAGCGGCAGCAGCAGCAGUGGAGAAGCACGUGACGCGCCGCAAUGCACAGCAGCUUCAACCACCACAGAACAAAACGGCCAGCAAUCAUACUCUGUCUGCCACUCCUCCACUUGGAACCCCGAGGACCGGCAAGGCUCAAGCGCCAAUUGGAAAUGCCACUGCCGUCAACAGCAAUCACAACAGCAGCACCGCUUCCAACAAUCCCAGUGUUGUGUCCACCUCAGUGACGACCACAACAAUGCCAGGCGGAGCUUUAGUGACCACCAGCCAAACCAACAGCAGCACGAGUGUGGUGCAUGCAACACGAGGAGCUACCGCAGCGGCAGCCAGUACCACCAACAAUAAUGUCAACUCGGCCAGCUCGCCCACGGACGAGAAGAUCGGCACCCGGAGGAGCGUGCGUGCCAGUGCAGCUGCCAACAAGAUCAUCUACAGUCGCAGCAAUGCAGCCGCAGCUGCUGCAGCAGCCGCCGCCGCGGCAGAGCCGAAGGGAACACCUGGCAAGGCGGCAACAGCAGUUGGUGGCAACAACGCCGGCACUGUGGAAAGCGUCGCGGAAGCGAGGCGAAAGACGCGCAGUGCAGUCAUUGGCGAGUCCAUGUUGACCGAGGGACGCCGGAGAAGAACGUCGCGUGACUACAAGUGACCAGAGUUUUGCGCCUUGGCUAAAGGCUUGAACCAUCCGAGCGAUGCGCACGAAGACGAUCUGCUGGAGCUAUUCGAAGAAUUUGAGCAGCAACAGCAGCCGCAUCAGCAGCAGCAGCAGCAACAGUUGGAGAUUAGCAGCAGCAGCUUUCCUUUAGCCCAGGUGCAGGACGAGGACGGUGAUGAGACGGCCGAGUAUGAGAAUCUGGCGCGAGCAGCCGGCGGCUACAUGGAGGAGGCCGAUCACCUGCUGUCCUACCACAGCAGCAGCAGUGCCGCGGACGUAGAGGUGGAUGAGGUGCUGAUGCCGGAGCUGGCCAACGCCACGGCCCUGGACUGCGGCAACUUUGUCGACUACGAUGAGUUCAACCUGUGUCUGAACAACAUCCUCAGCGAGGAGGACGACAGUGGCAGUGGAGGAGGACGGGGAGGAGGAGGCGGCAUGGCUACCAAACACCAGCCGACAUGGCGCGAUGCCAGCGACGUACUCAACAUCGUGCAGCUCAACAACGAUUUGGGAUUGAGUUUUCAGGAGUUCGCCAGCGAGACGACGACGGCGGAUGAGCAGCGCUCCGCCAGCAGCAGCUCGUCGCAGCUGGCGUAGUGAAGUCGGAUCACGGACGGCUACUUGUAUAUAUCACACGCACUGAUACCGAACGCUUUCGUUUGUAGUUCUUAGCCCUAGUUUCCGUUGAGGAUUUUGUAUAGUUAGUGGUAGCCACAAGUUGCAAUAAUGUUGCGUCUCAAAGCGAGCAACAUCACACCCAGACACACACACACACACCCCACACACCGCGGACGGACGGUUGCAAGCGCCGAUUUACGCCUUAGUUUACACUUUGUUUUCUACCCUCCAGUCCGAGUUUAUCCGCCUCCGCCACCUUUCUCAUCUGGCACUGCUACUACUUCCCCAAAUAUCCAACCCAUUGGAAAUGAUUUGCUAGUCAAGUGAAACAGGCAAUUUAAUGUAUAGCUCAGAAGAUGAAAUUUUGAACAAAUUAGUUGAGUACGUAUUUGAGAAGCUCCCAUAAACACUAACGUAGAAUAGUUGGCUGAAACUGAAAAAAAAAACAUCUCCAAACACCCACGCGAACACUCUCUCACGCAUGCAUAGUUUAAUUUGAAAAAUCCUUUUCCAUGGGCCGCUCUGUAAAUAUUUAGAUUCUUUACGAUGCAACAUGAACACAUUUCUAGCUUUAGGUUGUCUUAUUUUUACGCGCUGCGCCCAGUCGAAAGUCUAUAAGAAGCUGAUCCGUUGGAUCGAGCAGAUCAGAGCAGACCGCACGUUAACUUUAGUUUUGAUAUUUUUUGUAACCUUCAACUUAUCAAUACCGUACAUACAGAUAUAGCGUAUUAGUUUCCGUAAGCUUGCGUUGUUUCGAAAAUUUGUUUUUUAGUUUUAAAUGCUCUAGCCUAAGGACAGUAAUCUUAACAAGAAUUCUUUACCAACAAUAUAUGCACAUGGAAACCUAUGCAAUAAGUUAGUCAAAAAUGUAAAAAGGCCAAGCACCAGAAAAAUGAAAACACAAAAACAUAAAAAAAAAAAAUACAAAAAAAAACAGAUCGAAAAAUAUAAGGAGAAAAAAGUGGAGAAUAUUGAGAAUCAGUCGCCUAGUAUUUGUCGUUUUGCAAAGUGAAAAAGAACUAUAUAAUGUUAUAUAUUUUGCAUAUGCAAAACACACAAGAAAAAGGGAUAUCGUGAAAAAAACCACACAAACAAAAAAGUUGUAUUGUAUAUAAGGCAGGCUCUAUUUUUGCUAAAUGUUAUUUGAACAAAUAGGGGAAAACAAAGAGUAAAGUAAUUGAAGCAAAGCAAAGGCAAAGCGCUAGACAAAAACACAAAACAACAUUAUAUAUUGUUCAAUAUUAUUAUUACCUUAUAUAUAUUGUAUGAUUGCUACAUAAAAUAAUUCUUUUGAUACUUUGUA